AUGGUGACCUGGGAGGGGCCCUGUCCCUCUCUGCCCGCGGGGUCCAGCCGUGCUGGUGGAGCCAGUGCAGGAAUUGGGACGGAGUGGGUCGGAGCAGAACGGACACAGCCAUGGAGCUGCUGUGGGUGCUGCUGGCGUUGGCUGGGAUGGACGUGGCUGCUGGCCUGGGUGAGGGGCUGUGAGGGGCUUCGAGUGGGUGGUGGUGCUGGGGAUGGGGCCAAGGGGCUGUGUGUGGCUGGGGGGCUCCCACUGACGGCUGUGCCCCCAGCCCUGCUGCCCUACGUGCCCCGUGUGGCCCCUGGUGCCAUGGUGGGGAAGGUGACGGCCACCACCUUCGUGCUGGAGAGACCCCGCUGCGUCUUCGACCCCUUUUCCAACGCCUCCGAUGCCGUCUGGCUGGUGGUGGCUUUUGCUGAUGGUGAGACGUGUUGCAGGGAGGGAUGUUGGGCUGUUCACCUCCAGCUGCUCACCCCACAUCUGUGCCACGCAGCCUCCACUGCCUUCAAAAACCCCACGUCCAGCUCCGAGGUGCCCCCAUACGAGGGGCUGCCCACCGCCCGCGCAUACAUGACCCUGGAGAUGGCAGCAGCCACCUAUGGAUGCUCAGCUCCUGGUCCAGCCGUGCUGCGGGUCGGUGCAGACACGACGUGCCACAGCCGGGCACCCUGCAAUGGGCCGCUGCCCUCCCCGGGGCCGUACAGGGUGAAGUUCCUGCUGAUGGGCUGCAGCGGCCCCAAAGCGGAGACCAAGUGGUCUGAGCCCAUCGUCCUGCGGAGAGCUCGCAGCCUGAGCACCAUCGACCCCACACCUGCACGUCGCGGCAGCACCACGGUCAUCAUCGCCGCCAUCCUGGCCAGCCUGGCUGCUGCUCUGACCGUGGCCAUGCUGGGAGCUGUGGGGUACGGGGAUUUUAAGACUAUUUUUUCCCUUAAAUUUGGGGGUUGCUGUAUUUUGGCAGUGGGAUGGGCUGCUUUUUGUAGUGUUUGAACUGCAUGGACCCUGCUUGAUUCCUCACCCGUCUCCCCCCGCAGCACCCAGCUGUGUGUCCCGCUGUGCUGCCGGGACCUGGGCGCCCACCUGCCCUACAGGACCCACCACGUCCCUCCGGCCCUGCCCCACACGCUGCCCCCUGCCUGUAUCUGUGGCUGCACACCAUGGCCCCGUGGCCCAUGACCAACCAAGUAAACUCUCUUCCAUCCGCAAUCACUUUUUCUGUCAUCUUUCAACCCAAUCACGUGCUGGGUCUGCCAUCCCUGCAGACGCCCAGGGUUGGGCUGGAGGGUCUCUGAGCGCGGAUGGAGCUGUGGGUGUCCCUGUGCACUGCAGACAGUGGGACCAGUCUAACCCAAACCAUCCCGUGUCCAUGUGAUGGUUCUAUGGUCAUGGACCACGCGGCUCAUACAAAGCUCCGCGCUUUGUCCACCAUGGGAUGGGGACAAGGGACAUGGGUUCACCCACCCCACGGGCACCCCCCUGCGGAUGGCACUUAGGGACCCACCCGUGUCAGUGCUCAGCACAGCACCCAGCGGGCAGCCAGCUGGAACGUAAUGC